CGCGGGCCUUGUUUUAGGCCUGAUGCCCCAAGCGUGGCAGCCGGUCCCCAAUGUGUUGGAGCUUGCGGACCGCCGCCGCCUUGCCUCUGCCCUCCCUCCAAAGCAAAAGGCCUCGCCUCUUGGCGAGUUUGCAGGAAGAACUCCAAGAAAACCCGGGGAAAGGCCGGCGCAGUCGGUAUCUGCAGCAUACAACUAGAAAGGAGCGCUCCGUCUUAUCGCCGGCGACAUCGCGGCAUCCUUCUGUCCUGCCACCAGCCUAGAAUGUAG